AUGGGGCGGCGGCGGCGGCGGGGGGCGCUGGCGGAGCCGGCGGGCGGCGGGUGCUGCUGCUGCCUGGCGGCGGCGCUGCCGCUGCUGCUGCUGCUGCUGCCCGCCGGGUGCCCGGUGCGGGCGCAGAACGACACGGAGCCCAUCGUCCUGGAGGGGAAGUGCCUGGUGGUGUGCGACUCCAGCCCCUCGGCCGACGGCGCCAUCACCUCCUCCCUGGGGAUCUCGGUGCGCUCGGGCAGUGCCAAGGUGGCCUUCUCGGCCACCCGCAGCACCAACCACGAGCCCUCCGAGAUGAGCAACCGCACCAUGACCAUCUACUUCGACCAGGUAUUAGUUAAUAUUGGCAACCAUUUUGAUCUUGCUUCCAGUAUAUUUGUAGCACCAAGAAAAGGAAUAUAUAGUUUCAGUUUCCACGUGGUCAAGGUCUAUAACAGACAAACCAUCCAGGUAAGUUUAAUGCAAAAUGGCUACCCAGUGAUUUCAGCUUUUGCAGGGGAUCAGGAUGUCACCAGAGAAGCAGCCAGCAACGGGGUCUUGCUCCUCAUGGAAAGAGAAGACAAAGUGCAUCUCAAACUGGAAAGGGGUAACCUCAUGGGAGGGUGGAAAUAUUCAACCUUUCUGGCUUCUUAGUCUUUCCACUAUAAAAGAAGGCCAAAUAGGAGACAGAUUCAUGAGCUGGAGCAAAGAUUCAGUCGUUAACAACACCCUGAACUUGGCAACACAUGACAAUAUUUCCAGUCACCCUGUCAGACUGUCACAGUAGAAGAAUGAUAACCUUCUAAACUCCAAUAUUUACUUUGAAUAUUGACAAUUCCUUGGAAACCUGCGCCUCUAAUUAGUUUUAGACGACAGUGAUCUUUAGGAGAAAUGAAAUUAUCGACCUGAGCAAUUUGUACCUGUGAUUGUAAAGUCAAUUUUGGAUUUUAUUGUUGGGAUUGUUGACUUUCUUCUUCGAAUAUUUUUUCCCUCUCUUUAAUUUUUUCCCCUUUUCUUUCUCUUCUUGUUGUCCCAAUGAGACAAAUAACUCGGACCACACUAUUGCUUUGUCAAAGGUUCACGCCAGAGCCAGAAGAAUGAAGUGUUCAACUCAAUGAGGUGUUCUUUCCAUGCUUUAUUUCUUUGUGUUGUAUAGCCUUAAGGGAAAAAAAAAGGAAAAAAAGAAAAAGAAAAAAAAAAGAAUUGCUUCAGUCUCAAUCCUGUAUUUUUCUGGGGGAGGGGGAUUCUGAACAUUACUGUGUCAAGAAGUGCUUUAUCCAGUGAAGCAAAAUUUGCACGAUUGGAAUCUCUUUUGUUUUGUGUUGUUCGUGUUUUUUCAUCGACUUUUUCUUUUUUCUGAUUUUUGUUUGUGUGCGCUAAAAAUGUAAGCUAGAUUGAUCAAUAAGGCAAAACAAAGCACAUAUAUACCCUGUAGCUCUAAGUAAAGCUAACCAGUGAACAAUUCUGUCUGCACUUUCUAGCUGAUCUUUAUAGACCUACUUAGAGAAUGAGAGAGAAAGAGUAAAAGAGCUACAUGAUUCUUCAAUUACAAUCUGGAAACCAGUAAAGGAACUGACAUUUCUGAAUUGUCCUGACAUUUCUAGAAGCAGCAAUGGAGGCUUUGAAUAUCUUAUUUGAACAUGCCCUAAGAUAUAUCUUUUCUUUGCAUUACCAACCAUGUUUUGGGUGCUUUUAGUUUAUAUUUGAUAUAUUUGUUCACUAAUGCUUGAGUACACAUUGUGGGAGCCCAGAAAGAUGGUGGAGUAAAUUCUUCCUCUUCCAAGUUAACUAAAAUCAUCUCCAAUUGACCUGUCCACGGCAAGUAUCUGAGGAGCUACCCUUAACAUCUUUGACAGCAUUUGGGAGAGGGGCCUCAGAGGAUCAGCAAAUGCACCUGAAGUUACGCAGAUGCCGUGUAUUUAUUAGUCAUGUGUAUUCUUCUCAAUACAAAUAACCUCAGAAUUGCGGCAUUGGAAUGUGAUCAGUAUUGGUGGUUAGGAAAAGCUAUAACUCCAAUUGACAACAGGUAAAAUACCAGGCUAACGUCAAAUACAUACUUUUACCUCAUUCUCAUUAAAUAAAACUUAUUUCUUCACUUAUUUAUGACAGUGUGCUGAGGAAAUUCUUGCAUGAGGAGGUCCAGAAGGAACAUU